CUAGCUCUUCAUUUUUCCCACACAUUUCUAACUUCAACAUUACAAAAACUGAACAAGCCAACCAAACAAACACACAUAGUACAGGCUAAACAGAGCCGUACAGAUAUCUUAUAGUAUAUAUAGAGAGGGAGAAAGAGAGAUUUAUUUUCUUACUUAGGCGUUCUUGGUGACUUUUAUUAUCCUCUUCUUCUUACCGAGAAAUGAAAGUGCCCUUUAUUCAAAAUCAGCCAUCAAUAUUGAACUCAACGAAACAAGUGAAUUGCAACGACAACAACAACGACCUCCGCACCACCACCACCACCACCUCCACCAACAGCAACACUUUUCUGGGCUACGAGCCAAAAUCAGUUCUCGAGCUCCGACAAAGUCCGAGUCCAGUCACCGAAAUUCCGUCCUCAAAUACCGAUAUUUCCACCGUCUGGGACGACACAGGUCUUCAGCUGGAGGAUCAUGUGCUGAAUCAUUUCGAAGAAGACUGGGAUUCUUUGAUGAGAGAAUUGGGCUUGCCUGAAGAUUCUAAUUCAACCCCUACUUCCAGACCUACGACCUUUAGUCAUUCCCAGUUCACACCAAGCGGGUCUCAAGUUCAGUUCCAAAAUCUUCCCGAGUUUCCCCCGACUCAUAACUCCUUUGAUUCUACUCUCUUUGUCCCUUCCGACUUCACCCUCCCCGAUAUCUCUACGUACCCGUCGUCUUUCAACGAUAGCUCCAUCAACUCUCUCGGGCUCUCUCAUGAUACUCAUCAUCACAAUACCAGUCUCGACUGGAAUCUAGGGUUUGAUUACGUCGACGAACUCAUCCGACUCGCCGAGUGCUUUGAGACCAACUCGCUUCACCUGACUCACGUGAUACUGGGACGGCUCAACCAACGCCUCCGAGGUCCAACAGGGAAGCCACUCCAACGAGCUGCCUUCUACUUCAAGGAAGCUCUGCAAACCCUACUCACCGGGUCAACCCGUCUAACUCAGCCAUCCACUUCUUCCGAGGUUAUCCAGAGCAUCAAAGCCCAUAAGGCCUUCUCCAACAUCUCCCCUGUACCCAUGUUCUCCAGCUUCACGGCCAACCAAGCCGUCCUCGAAGCUGUUGAUGGCUCCAUGCUCAUCCACGUCAUCGACUUCGACAUCGGCCUCGGAGGCCACUGGGCUUCCUUCAUGAAAGAGCUAGCUGAUAAAGCCGAGUUGCGCAAAGCAGCCCCGCCGGUUCUCAGGAUUACCGCUGUGGUCGGAGAGGAGUAUGCAAUGGAGUCUAAGUUGAUCAGAGAAAAUCUUUCUCAGUUCGCGAGAGAACUCAAUAUCGGCUUCGAUUUGGACUUCGUUUUAGUACGUACAUUUGAGUUUUGUUCCUUUAAAGCUAUCAAAUUCAUGGAGGGUGAGAAGGUUGCUAUUCUUUUAUCUCCAACUAUUUUUCGGCGCGUCGGGACAGGAUUCUUGAGCGAUCUACGCCGCGUUUCGCCGCAUGUCGUGGUGCAUUUGGAUUGCGAAGGGUUAAUCGGGUUCGGAACGAUGUCUUUCAGGCAGACUUUGAUAGACGGGCUGGAGUUUUACUCGACGCUGUUGGAGUCCUUGGAGGCUGCGAACGGUGGUGGGGGUGCUGAUGAUUGGAUGAAUAAAAUGGAGAGUUUUGUCAUUUAUCCAAAGAUCCUGGAGGCGGUCGGGGUGGCCGGCCGCCGUGGAGCUCCGUGGCGGGAGGCUUUUGUGGCGGCCGGUCUGAGGCCGGUGGCGCUGAGCCAGUUUGCUGACUUCCAAGCCGAGUGUUUGAUAAGGAGAGUACAGGUGAGGGGGUUCCACGUGGCGAGGAGACAGGCGGAGAUGCUGCUUUGCUGGCAUGAGAGGGCCCUCGUUGCCACGUCAGCAUGGAGGUAUUAGCAGCAAGCAUACUAGCAACAACUUAGUAGAAUAAGCGGCAGUUUUUAAACCUGAUGAUGGGGGAUUAAAUUAAGUAGAAGCAUGUGAUGAAACUGGUAAUUUGGGUAAGGGUACAAUGUAAUUUAACUUGGGAUUACCUUUGGUUUAGGUAUAGCUUAUGUAGCUUAUGCCUGUGCUUUAGCUGUAAAAGUAAAAAAAAAAAGGGUGGGGUUUACUACUUGUAUUUCUUUCUUUCACUUUGCUUUGAGCAUUGUCUGUUUUUAAC